CCUCCGUCCGCAUCAUCCGCCCUCGGAGAUAAUGCCGUACGGUUUAGCUGACCACCACGGGCGGCACUCAGUUACCAGUCACUAGCUGCCCCCUUGACUUGUCCCCAGCGCCGCCGCCGCCAACACCAAAAGACGUCAAGCUCGCCAAAGAAACAGCGCCCAAGAUGAAGGAAAUGUGGCAAACCAUCAAGGAGUACUUCGGGGACGGCUACGUCCCCGGGUCCGCUCCGUUCCGGUACAACGUGCACUGCUGCGAGAUGAAGCGGCCGGCGAAGAAGAGCGACAACAUCCGCCGCGGCAUGUACCUGGACGAGGAGGCGAUGCCCCUGUUCACCGCGAUGGGCGACGCCUACGCCCCGCCCUGCACGUGCCAGGACAUGCAGGCGCUGAUCCGGCACAUCGACGAGUUCGUCGAGACCUUCCCGGGCAGCCACCCGGACGACUACGCCAUCACCAGCGACAAGGGCGACACCGACAUCGACCAGGUCAGCCUGUACACGAUGCGCGACAGCAUCUGCUGGUGGGUCCAGUGGGGCGGCGCUCACCACCCCAGCCACUACUGGAAGGAGAUGUACGUCGGGUUCGCCACCCUGCCCGACGACGUCCAGGUGCCCCCGCGGGACUUCAUGGACGGCACGUUCCGGUAUCUCGGAUACACGUGGGACGAGUGCCGGGAGGGGCUGCUCGCCGAGGGCAUAUCCCCGGAGCACGUCAAGUUCGCCGAGAUGUGCCUCUGCCGGCAGGCGAUCUGCCAGUACCUAGAGAAGGUCGACCCGGGCCUGCGCCCGCUGCUGAUGUCCAAGACGCUGCUGAUGACGCAGUACCGGGUCUUCACGGCGAACACCCUAGGCUGCGGUUCCUUCCUCCUGCACACCGAAGGAAUCCCGUUCCUGGGCCUGGAAGACGACGUGCUGGAGGUGGCGGCGGUGUCCCACUGCCUGAGUUUAGACACGGCGAAGGAGGCCAUAGGGGUGCUGAAAGGCGAGAAGACCGAGACGGUAGCUGGGGAUAGAGCACAGUUAAAGAGAGAGCUGCGCUGGGUAUACUUGCGGUGUCUCGAGUAUCUAGACAAGAAACCUACCGCGCACCUGCUGCGAUUUGCGUCCGCGGGCCUGCUGUAUGUCCCUAUGAUGGAUAGAUACCACGAACGAGUGCGCGGAAACAUCCGCUUCCCGAUCACGGAGGCGAUGGCCCGCAUACUUGCCCCCUUUGUCAAGGGGCAGGCCACCCCCAACGGCGGAAGCGAGAAGGGACAUCUCUCCGAGAAGGUAGUCUCCGAGCAGACGAACGGAUCGGUGUCUCUAGUGUUCUAAGUCGCUCUGGAAUUCAUAGGUUGAAUCAGUACAUCGGCAGAUAGAGAGGAUAAGAAGGAGUCUCGGCUGUGUUCAAGGCUACUUAGAUGUCCACACAAAAGGACAAUUUACCCAAUCACUAUUACACAGUCAA